AUGAAGCGAAUCAUAUCUAUGACAGAAAGAAAGCCAACAUUCGAAGCGGCUGUAUUCGUCCAGAAGAUGGCACCGUGUUCCCAGAGCCAUAUGAUAUUUGCAGUAGAUGGGAGAUUUACAUCAAAGAACUGUUCGGCGACACCGGAGGAAAACCUUUACCCCGAUACCGGAGUUGUCAAACACACAAGUGUCUCGCUUCGCUUUACUGUUGAUCUCUUCAAAUGGUGUCUUCUGUUUCUUUCGGGCAUUUUUUUUUUUUCUCGAUUAUACCUUUUUCUCGCCUUCCAUAUUAUACUACAUCGCCUGUUCUUUUUUUUUAAACUAGUCACCCCCACCUCUUUUCUUUCUGCUGUCUUCCUCUUCCCUCUGCACUUUCUUGCUUUUUCCCCUUUCCCUUCCCUUUUCUCUUUCUUCCUCUUUUUCACUUUCUCGUCUCACUUUUCAGCGCACUGCAUUCUAUCUUUGCCUUCUAACAUUUUUCUCUGCUUUCUUUCGUCUCCUCCCUAUCUUCCGUGCUUUUUUGUUGUCUUGAUGCUUCUUUUUAUUAUAUUCUCUUCCUUUUUCUUUUCUCUCUCUCUCUCUCUCUCUCUCUCUCUCUCUCUCUCUCUCUCUCUCUCUCUCUCUCUGUCUCCUUCUUUCAGGCUUGAUUUUUUAUCCUUCCAUUUCGUCUGUUUUUCUCUGGUAUAUGUAGAUAAAUACGAUGGUGUGUGCUGA